AUGCAGGUCCCACUACUUCGGCUGCAAUGCGGCGUCAACAGCUAUGACUGGGGCAAGGUCGGCCAAGAGUCUGCAGCGGCAAAGUAUGCGGCCGCAACAGCCGCCCCGGAUUUUGCGAUUGAGGCCGACAAGCCCUAUGCCGAACUCUGGAUGGGUACACAUCCGUCUCUUCCCUCUAAAGAUGUCGAAACUCAGCGUACUCUCCUCGACAUGGUGCAAGAUAACCAGUCCCUGUUGUCUACCAGCAUCAGUGAACGAUUCGAAGGUAGAUUGCCGUUCCUGUUCAAGGUGCUCUCCAUCCGUAAAGCGCUUAGCAUCCAGGCCCAUCCCAACAAGAAGCUUGCAGAGCAGCUCCAUGCCCAGGACCCAAAGAACUAUCCAGAUGACAAUCACAAGCCUGAGAUGACCAUCGCCCUCACUUCGUUCGAGGGUGUGUGUGGCUUCCGUCCGCUCGCAGAGAUCACACAUUUCCUCCGGGCCGUCGAACCUCUGCGCACCCUGGUCGGCGACCAGGCGGCAAGUGAGUUCGAGCAGCUCGUGAAAGGCAAGGAGAACUCCGAGGAGCCUGCUGUCAUCCAAAAUAAUAAGGAAGCGCUUCGCUCCCUUUUCACCACUCUGAUGGAAUCUUCAUCUGAGAAGGUAGAGACGGCCUGUAGGGCCCUUAUCUUCGCCGCAGACAAUAGCCCUGACACCUUUGCAACCCUGUCAGGUGAAGUGGAGACGAACCCUCCCAACCCCGCCGAGAUGGCUGCGCUUGCCAAGCGUCUGGAUGGACAAUUCCCGAAUGACAUUGGUCUGUUCAUCUUCUUCUUCCUCAACUUUGUCAGGCUUCAGCCUGGUGAGGGAAUGUUCCUGAAGGCAGAUGAUAUCCACGCGUAUAUCUCCGGUGAUAUCAUCGAAUGUAUGGCGUCCUCUGACAACGUGGUGCGAGCCGGUUUCACUCCGAAAUUCAAGGACGUCAACACUCUCACCCAGAUGCUGACGUACUCGUACGCACCAAUCGAGGAGCAGAAAAUUCAAGCAACAGACUACCCAUAUGUCAUCCUGAACGCCACUGCUUACUCCAGCGCCUCGUCCGCGAUGCUCUACGACCCUCCCAUCGACGAGUUCAGUGUUAUCAAGACCGAUUUGAACCGGACUGGCGCCAAGGCCACUUUCGACCCGAUCGAAGGCCCCAGUAUCUUCAUUUGCACACGUGGUAAGGGCAAAAUUACCGUCGGCAAUAAGACUGAGGAGGUCCACGAGGGCUACGUUUUCUUCGUCGGUGCUACAGCUCAAUGUGCGAUUGAGAACACCGGCAGCGGCGAGGGCGACGAUGAUGUCUUUACAACCUACAAGGCAUUCUGUGAAUUGACCCCGAUCGGUGGGGGAAACUAG